CCGAGAUAACCUCCUAAAUGUCUAUCGUAAAGACAUCCUUUAUCGCGAAGACAUUAAAACCUCUUUUGGUUAUGCCCUGGCAGGAAUUACCAUUGCUCUCGCGGUUGCGGGUGGUGUCUAUGUCAUCGUCCUCGGAAUCAGCCUGGCUUACUUCGUCGACCAAACCGGCAUCGUCCAACAAUUAAGUCGCAAACUCUUUACUAACAAAG